CGGAUGCCUGUGCAUUACAAGAUGGACGUAGACGGGGUUGAAAAUAUGGACGUGGGGGAGAGUAAAGGUGGCACGGGUCUUCGACAGUACUACYUGUCAAAGAUAGAAGAGUUGCAGUUGACGGUGAAUGAAAAGAGUCAGAAUCUCAGACGUCUGCAGGCACAAAGGAAUGAACUAAAUGCCAAAGUGCGCCUCCUUCGUGAGGAGCUGCAGCUGCUGCAGGAGCAGGGAUCCUAUGUGGGCGAAGUGGUCAGGGUUAUGGACAAGAAGAAAGUGCUGGUCAAGGUGCAUCCAGAAGGAAAGUUUGUUGUGGAUGUGGACAAGAACAUUGACAUUAACGAUGUGACUCCUAAUUGCCGAGUGGCUUUGCGAAACGACAGCUACACCCUGCACAAGAUCCUGCCCAACAAAGUGGACCCUCUGGUGUCACUAAUGAUGGUGGAGAAGGUACCGGACUCCACCUAUGAAAUGAUCGGUGGCCUGGAUAAGCAAAUCAAGGAGAUCAAAGAAGUCAUCGAGCUGCCUGUCAAGCACCCCGAGCUGUUUGAAGCUUUGGGAAUUGCACAGCCGAAGGGUGUGCUGCUGUAUGGGCCUCCAGGUACGGGGAAGACCCUGCUGGCCAGAGCUGUGGCCCACCACACCGACUGUACCUUCAUCAGAGUGUCUGGUUCCGAACUGGUUCAGAAAUUUAUUGGAGAGGGUGCCCGUAUGGUGCGAGAGUUGUUCGUCAUGGCAAGAGAACACGCUCCCUCCAUCAUUUUCAUGGACGAGAUCGACUCCAUCGGCUCCUCUCGUCUUGAGGGCGGCUCAGGUGGGGACAGUGAGGUGCAGAGGACGAUGUUGGAGCUGCUCAAUCAGCUGGAUGGCUUCGAGGCAACCAAGAACAUCAAGGUCAUCAUGGCCACCAACCGCAUUGACAUAUUGGACUCCGCUUUGCUCAGGCCAGGAAGGAUUGACAGGAAGAUCGAGUUCCCCCCUCCUAACGAAGAGGCCCGUCUGGACAUCCUGAAGAUCCACUCCAGAAAGAUGAACCUGACGCGUGGCAUUAACCUGAGGAAGAUUGCAGAGCUCAUGCCGGGAGCCUCUGGUGCUGAGGUUAAGGGGGUUUGCACAGAGGCAGGGAUGUACGCUCUGAGAGAACGGAGAGUUCACGUCACUCAAGAGGACUUUGAGAUGGCUGUGGCCAAGGUGAUGCAGAAAGACAGCGAGAAGAACAUGUCUAUCAAGAAGCUGUGGAAGUAAAACAGCCCAGCUACAUGUGUAUAUUUUCCUUUGUUUAAGCUUUGUAAUUGUUACAUAAGUCCAUAAAUAAAUGGUUUCCCCAAUAAA